GAGCCCUGGUACACCUCGGUUUCCGGAGAGAGCUCCCUCGCGAAUUUGCAAGUGUGUCCCGCUGCAUUGGGUCCCGUGCCGGCCACGUGCCAGCCUGUUGACGGCGACACCUUGCGUCGCCGACUGCCGAGUACCCAUUCCAUUGAUACCCGUAAUUACGAUACGUCCGGACUUUUUGUUACGUUUGUUUGAAGACUUUCAGUGAAGAGUUGUGCUAUAGCUAUUCGUCCGUGUGUGUGAUCAAUGAACAAUUGGAUGAUUUUAAAUUAGUAUGACUUUUAACAACACAAAAUACGGUAUUAUAGUUUCGUAAAGGUUUUUUUGAAAGUAUUUGACAGUUGUAUUUAGAACUUUUUGUUUUAAAUUGUAACACGUAGUAAAUGGACCGUUGCGAUUUAAAAUCAGUUUCUCAUACUGCCGACACCUCAGUAUGGAACAACAGACGACAAGGGAUGAGCGUGCUCACGCGUAUAAGAUUUACAAUAUGUACAAGCGACCUGAAGAUCUUGAGCCGGCCCUGCCGCCUACUCGUACAGCAAAAGGGCGACUUUACACUAUGAGCGAUCAGACAUUCCACACGCCUUCUUUUGGUGAUGAGGAGUUUGACAUCCCACUCAUUCAUGGACAACAUGCGGCGAGUGCUGGUGGACAAAAUUCUCAUAUUCAAUAUUCACAGAUACACCAUCCAGCUCCCCAGGUUGGUAUGAUGAAUCCUGCACAGGAUGGCCUAUCUCCACCAGGUGGAGCACCUUCUUAUCAACAGCCCUUGUAUCUUCAAGAAUCUCAUACUCCAGUCACAUCUCAUAGUGGUGCAGGCGCCCCUUCUGGAAACUACAUGAUACAGCAACAGCCUGGAGGACAACAGCAGCUCUUAAUGAUGCAACCUUCGCAAGUAAUCAGUGGCCCGCCAACUCCAAGUACUCCUACACAACCAGCACCAGUUUAUGGAUCACCACAGAGAGCCUCCCCUCCGGGUACAACAAGUGAUGACUCUGAUGAUAGUGUCCCUUCACAACAUUCCCAGUUGCCUGGUGAUGCGGAAAGUCUUCUGCCUAUCCAUUAUUGCUCAGCGAGCCGGCAGCAACAAACUGCGCUUCAUCAGAUAAAUGUUAAUAUGGGUGUGAAAAGAUCAUCCCCGGAACCCAUAGAUAAUGGUGUCAGUCGUGGCCACUUACAAAAGAAGCCGAAAAUUCAAAAAAAGAAGAAGAAACGGGACCCUAAUGAGCCACAGAAGCCAGUAUCCGCUUAUGCAUUGUUCUUUCGAGACACUCAAGCAGCCAUUAAGGGUCAAAAUCCAAAUGCAAGUUUUGGAGAAGUCUCAAAAAUUGUGGCCUCAAUGUGGGAUGGUUUAGAUUCUGAGCAUAAAAGUGUUUACAAGCAAAAAACUGAAGUGGCCAAGAAAGAGUACCUUAAGGCAUUAGCAGCUUAUAGAGCAAGCCUUGUUUCUAAGGGAGGAGAACAAGACAACCAAGCCAUGUAUAAUCACAGCAAUUCAAAUGCCAAUUAUGGUAACUAUUACCAAGGACAAGUAUACGGGAAUGGACCUCCACCUCAAGGCUUUGUUCCCAAUUCUACACCGCAAGCAUUUUCACCCAAUAAUUUUCAAGGAAACCAACCACAAGCUAAUUAUACUGCACAAACUCCUCAAGGGUAUACUAACCCACAACCACCUCAAAAUUAUCAAGGCAAUAUUGGACACCAAAAUCAAACGUACCAAGGUGUUCCUGGUCAAUCUCCACAGACUUACCCUGGAAAUCCAGCAGCAUCACCUCAAAAUUGUCAACCAAGUAUGGCACAAUCACCAAGGAACUAUCAACCCACACAGUCUCCUCCUAACUAUCAACCAAAUACAGGAGUAUCACCCUCAGGUUAUAGGCAGGUGCAGUCACAGUCGCCACCAAUGGCAAAUGUCCAUGCAGCUAUGCAAUAUCAUCACAAUCAGCAAAUGCAGCAAGUACAACAAUAUCAACAGACACAACAAAACCAUCCACAACAACAAAGUCAUCAACAGCAACAAAACCAUCAACAGCAACAAAACCAUCAUCAGCAACAAAACCACCAACAGCAACAAAACCACCCACAGCAACAAAACCACCAACAGCAACAAAGCCAACAACAAACACACCAUCAACCACAACAGACACAGCAGCAGCACAUACAGCAAACUCAGCAUAUUGCUCAGCAGCAGCAACAACAUCAACAGGCAGUCAAGAAUGAGCAGCAGAUAAGCAAUAAUAACACACCUGGCAUGCAACCACAAUCAGAGCAAAACGAAAAUAGAACACCAACAUCAUGUGUUCGCCAGGGUUGCACAAACCCCGCCAUUGCUAACAGUGAAUGGGAAGAUGAAUAUUGUUCAAAUGAGUGUGUUGUCAGCCAUUGCAGGGAUGUAUUCAGCUCAUGGGUUGCCUCCAAUUCAAAUAAUCAAAUGCAAAACUUUUCUGCUGUCAAGUAAUGAGCAUAUCAAAGUUAAAGAUGUGAUCUUCCAAACCAUGAACAAAUUGUAACACUUGUAUUAUAAUUUAUGUCACAGUUCAUGCAUACUGUUGUCUUAAACUUUGUUUACCAUACCUCAAGGUUAUCAGUAUUUGUGUUGUAUAUUUAUAAAGAAUGAGUGAUAUUUUAGUUAUUAUGCAUUUUAAAUAUUUUUAUAUUUCUAUGAUUAGAUAAUGCUUAUUGCCUAUUCUCUACUAGUGUAUAGCAAUUAACAUAUAACAAUUAGCCUUAGAAUUAAUAAGAAUACAAAAUAUGUAACUUAAAGUUAACUCGCAGUGUUUUAAUUAUAUUUUUUGUAUUAGUAAGAAAUCACUUGUUACUUAGAAUUUUGUGGAUUUGUUUAAAUAAAAUAUUUAAUAUCGUUCAUUACACAUUUUUAAUAUGAAUCUCAUUUAUUUGUCUUUUAAUUAUUUUAUUUCUAAUAAAUUACAAUCUUGUUUCAUUUAAAACAAAUUUUAAGCUGUUAUUCAUUUUAGGUAAAGGAGGAGGUUAGGAUUGUUAAUCUUAGAUGAAUUUUGUCACUAAGCUAAUUUGACUUUUUAAUAGAAUCAUAUUAUAUUACUUAGUUUAAGUAAAAUAUUAGGAUGUCGCAAUAUUGUGUGUGACUGAUAUUAGAAAUGGACUGUAGAUGAUGUUAAACAUUGACCCUGUUAAGAAAAUACUAAAUUUCGUAUAGAAUAUGGUAAAUGUUAAUUUUACGAGUUAUAAUAAUUUCUUUCCUGUAUAGUAUGUUUAUAUUAUCAAAUAUAAUGUACACGAUGGCAAUAUAUACUCAUUCCUCUAGGAGUUGUGCUUAGCAUAAUAUUUAGCUGGACCAAAAUGGCAUUUGUAUUCAAAGCAAUGAAAAUGAAUAUAUAUUUAGGAUAUUGUUUUUAUUGUAAAUUUCUAAAUGUAAUUAGUUACAUAAAUGUAAAUAAACACUUGCAAUAAUAGUUCUAGUUCAUUUAGAGCAACACUUGAUAAUAAUAAUAUGUUGGCAUUUAUUUGGCAAGUAGUGUCAGUAGUACAUGUAGGUACAAAUUGGCAAUAUCUUCAUAAAAUGUAAAGUUACAAUGUAUAAAAUAUAAUUAGAACAAAUUCAUUAAAUACUCUAAGCAUA